AUGGGCGACGACCGAGGGAUGACUACGAUUGCUAGGAGUCGGGAGGACAAGGAGGAGAGCAUGAAGGAGCUGAAGAGGAAGGUGGAGGCGGUGCUGAAGGCCAGCAGCUGGUGGGAGCGAACGGGCCUGGACUGCGCCACACUUGCUGCCGCUUUCGCAAUCUGCUUGCCUGCUGGUUUGCUGUUGCUUCGUUCGUCCGACUGGCUGCAGUGGCUGUGCGGGCUGCUGCUAAUGGGCGUUGUCCACGCUAUCGUCACGGUGAAGGGGGCGCACCUGUCCAGUCACGGGGCGCUCGGCCACUCGCUCGCCGCUAAACGCUUCUGGGCCAUCUUCUUCAUCGAGGUUUGUAGCUCGUUCUCGGCGCGGGCGGCGCAGCGCGCCCACAUUAACCUGCACCACCCGCACACCAACGUGAUCGGCUUGGGCGACUCCAGCACUUGGAAGCUUCCACGCCUCCCACGCUUGGUCUACCUCUUUGUGGCACCGCUCACCCUACCCAUCGUCACACCCGUCGCAGCUCUGGCUCAACUGGGCGACGCGUCGGCUGCGCUGUUGCUGCGGACACUGGCACUAAUACUGUUGGGCGUGGCAUUGCAUUUUUGGCUCCUGAUGGCGGUAUCUGGUUUCCAGUCGCCGCUGGGUGCCGCGCUCUGCAUGUUAGCCACCAGAUCCAUGUUUUCCCUGCCAUUUGUCCACGUCAACAUCUUCCAGCACAUCGGCCUGCCAAUGUUCGGUGAGAACGGUCGCCCUGCACGUUUGCUCCAGAUGUCUCACGGCGUUCUCAACCUGCCACGGAACAUUCUGCUGGACUGGACCUUCGGCCACUCGCUCAUCAGCUGCCACGUAGAACAUCACCUUUUCCCAUUCCUCUCUGACAACAUGUGUCUCAAGGUGAAACCGUUGGUGUCUCGCUACCUGGCCGAUCACAAUCUUCCAUAUCAAGAGGACGGCUACCUUUCCCGCCUCGGUCUUUUCUUCCACAAGUACCAGGAGCUGAUGGUCGCUGCCCCACCCAUCACGCGGUUGGCCGGCAUCCAAUGA